AUGACGAAUUCAGUGGUAGAUGUCUUGAAUUUGAAGUGCCUAAUAAAACAGGUACUUGGAUAUGAUCAGACGUCUAGGGGAGAGGACAGGCCUGGAGAUGUGAAUGGGGAUGUCCCAGCAGAGGGCCACGGAGAAAAGGGCAGUGAGCCGGGAUGGGGCCUUGAGGAGCACCAGCACUCAAUAAGGAAUGCACAAGAUGAAGAAGGACCAGCCAGAGAGGCACAGGAGGAAAGCAGAAUCAAGGAAACCCAGAGUCUAGGAAAUUUCAAGUGGAAGAAAUUGGCCAACCUCAGACGCAACAGAGAGGUCCUACGGUCUGGAAGAUAUUGUUGGAUUGGGAGCUGGAACGCUGCAACAUUCCAUGUAACUGUUCAAGAUGAUAAUAGCAUCGUCAUCUCUUUAGAAGCUUCAGAUGUCACGAGUCCAUCAUCUGUGUAUGUUGUGAAGAUAACCGGUGAAUCAAAAAAUUACUUCUUCGAGUUUGAGCAAUUCAACAGCACUUUGCCUCCUCCUGUGAUCUUUAAGGCCAACUACCAUGGCCUCUAUUAUAUAAUCACUCUGGUAGUGGUAAACGGACACGUGGUUACCAAGCCAUCGAGAUCUAUCACUGUGUUAACAAAACCUCUGCCUGUAACCAGUGUUUCAAUAUAUGACUAUAAACCUUCACCUGAAACAGGAGUCCUGUUUGAAAUUCAUUAUCCAGAAAAAUAUAAUGUUUUCACAAGAGUAAACAUAAGCUAUUGGGAAGGCAAAGACUUCCGGACAAUGUUAUAUAAAGAUUUCUUUAAGGGAAAAACAGUAUUUAAUCACUGGCUGCCAGGAAUAUGUUAUAGUAAUAUCACUUUUCAGCUGGUAUCUGAGGCAACUUUUAACAAGAGUGCUCUUGUGGAGUACAGUGGUGUCAGCCAUGAACCCCAACAGCAUAGAACUGCCCCUUAUCCACCGCGAAACAUCUCAGUUCGUAUUAUAAACCUGAACAAAAACAACUGGGAAGAACAGAGCGGCAGUUUCCCAGAGGAGUCGUUCAUGAGGCCACAAGACCCGGCAGGGAAAGACAAGCUCUUCCAGUUCCCAGACGAAGCUCCCGAGCUGCCCUCGGGCAACCUUUCCUCCGGCUGGCCCGACCUGCACAGCAGCGACGGCGACACUGCGGCCCAGCCGCGCUGGUGGGACGGCGCCGCCGCAGCCCCUGAAGGCGAGGCUGGGCUUGUGGGUGUGCUGCCCCCGGGAUACGACGGGAACGGUACCCUCAGGGAGGCGGAGAGGCCCCCCGCAGGCCCUUUCCCCUUCCCCCCUGUGCAAAUGGUCCUGAGCUGGCUGCCGCCGAAACCACCCACUGCCUUCGACGGGUUCCACAUCCACGUGCAGAGAGAAGAAAACUUUACUGAACAUUUGACAGUGGCUGAAGAAGCACACGAAUUUGUUACAGAGCUGAAGGAGCCUGGGAAAUAUAAGUUAUCUGUGACAACUUUUAGUUCCUCAGGAUCUUGUGAAACUCGAAAAAGUCAGUCAGCAAAAUCACUCAGUUUUUACAUCAGUCCUUCGGGAGAGUGGAUGGAAGAGCUCACUGAGAAGCCCCAGCACGUGAAUGUCCACGUUUUAAGCUCGACCACUGCCUUGAUGUCCUGGACAUCCUCGCAAGAGAACUACAACGGCACCAUUGUGUCCGUGGUGUCCCUCACCUGCCAGAAACAAAAGGAGAGCCAGAGGCUGGAGAAACAGUACUGCACGCAGGUGAACUCAAGCAAAUCUGUUAUUGAAAAUCUGGUUCCUGGUGCCCAAUACCAGGUGGUGAUGUACCUAAGAAAAGGCCCUUUGAUUGGACCACCUUCAGAUCCUGUGACAUUUGCCCUUGUUCCAACUGGAAUAAAGGAUUUAAUGCUCUACCCCUUGGGUCCUACAGCAGUGGUUUUGAGCUGGACGAGACCUUACUUAGGAGUGUUCAGAAAAUAUGUGGUUGAAAUGUUUUAUUUCAACCCUGCAACAAUGACAUCAGAGUGGACAACCUACUAUGAAAUAGCAGCGACUGUCUCCUUAACUGCAUCAGUGAGAAUAGCCAAUCUGUUGCCAGCGUGGUACUAUAACUUCCGAGUGACCAUGGUGACGUGGGGAGACCCAGAACUGAGCUGCUGUGACAGUUCCACCAUCAGCUUCAUAACAGCCCCAGUUGCCCCGGAAAUAACUUCUGUGGAAUAUUUCAGCAGCCUAUUAUAUAUAAGUUGGACGUAUGGGGAUGACACAACUGACCUCUCCCAUUCUAGAAUGCUGCACUGGAUGGUUGUUGCAGAAGGAAAGAAGAAAAUUAAAAAGAGCGUAACACGCAAUGUCAUGACUGCAGCUCUCAGCCUGCCCCCAGGAGAUAUCUACAAUCUCUCGGUCACUGCUUGUACCGAGAGAGGAAGCAACACCUCCCUGCUCCGCCUUGUCAAGUUAGAACCAGCUCCUCCAAAAUCGCUCUUUGCCGUGAAUAAAACCCAGACUUCGGUGACUUUGCUGUGGGUGGGAGAGGGGGUGGCGGAUUUCUUCGAAGUCUCCUGUCAACAAGUUGGCUCUGGUCAGGAGACAAAGCUCCAGGAACCGAUUUCUGUUUCUUCUCAUGUUGUGACCAUCUCCAGCCUUCUUCCUGCCACUGCCUACAACUGUAGUGUCACCAGCUUUAGCCAUGACAGCCCCAGUGUCCCCACAUUUAUAGCCGUCUCAACAAUGGUUACAGAGAUGAAUCCCAAUGUGGUAGUCAUCUCAGUGCUGGCCAUUCUUAGCACACUGUUGAUUGGAUUGCUGCUGGUCACCCUGAUCAUUCUCAGGAGAAAGCAUCUGCAGAUGGCUAGGGAGUGUGGGGCAGGAACUUUCGUCAACUUUGCGUCCUUGGAGAGGGAUGGAAAGCUUCCGUACAACUGGCGUAGGAGUAUAUUUGCUUUCCUAACCCUGCUACCUUCAUGUCUUUGGACUGAUUAUCUUUUGGCAUUUUAUAUUAAUCCUUGGAGUAAAAAUGGUUUAAAGAAGAGGAAACUGACUAACCCUGUUCAACUGGAUGACUUUGACGCCUACAUCAGGGAUAUGGCCAAAGACUCCGACUAUAAAUUUUCUCUUCAAUUUGAGGAGUUGAAAUUGAUUGGACUGGAUAUUCCACACUUUGCAGCAGACCUUCCACUGAACCGCUGUAAAAACCGUUACACAAACAUCCUACCAUAUGACUUUAGCCGAGUGAGAUUACUCUCCAUGAAUGAAGAGGAAGGUGCAGACUACAUCAAUGCCAACUACAUUCCUGGAUACAACUCAUCCCAGGAGUAUAUUGCCACACAGGGGCCACUGCCUGAAACCAGAAAUGACUUUUGGAAGAUGGUCCUCCAGCAGAAGUCUCAGAUUAUUGUCAUGCUCACUCAGUGCAACGAGAAGAGGAGGGUGAAAUGUGACCAUUACUGGCCCUUCACGGAAGAGCCCAUCGCUUACGGGGACAUCACCGUGGAGAUGCUCUCGGAGGAAGAGCAGGAUGACUGGGCCUGCAGACACUUCAGGGUCAUCUACGCUGACGAGAUGCAGGAUGUGAUGCAUUUUAACUACACUGCAUGGCCUGACCACGGCGUGCCCACAGCAAACGCCGCAGAAAGUAUCCUGCAGUUUGUACACGUGGUCCGGCAGCAAGCUACCAAGAGCAAAGGCCCCAUGGUUGUGCACUGCAGCGCUGGCGUUGGCCGGACAGGAACGUUCAUUGCCCUGGACAGGCUCCUGCAGCACAUUCGGGAGCAUGAGUUUGUCGACAUUUUGGGGCUGGUGUCAGAAAUGAGGGCGUACCGGAUGUCCAUGGUACAGACGGAGGAGCAGUACAUUUUUAUCCAUCAGUGUGUGCAGCUGAUCUGGAUGAAGAAGAAACAGCAGUUCUGCAUCAGCGACGUCAUCUACGAGAACGUCAGCAAGUCCUAGCUCAGAAUCAGAGCAGACAGGACAUGGUGUGUACCCAUCCUCCCUUGCUUCCAGAGUUUUUUGGGGGCCCUGAUAGCCAUUUUGCUAAAAGGAGCCUCUGCUUUGUAAUAUGUGGCCAAGGAGAUAAUUAAUCUCGUAGAAGCACCGGGAAGACUUAGCCUUAAAGAGCCUACAGUGUCUUUUGGACUCUUUCUCUUCUGGACAUUUAAUAACGAACCAAAUUCAACUGAACAGCGAAAGGUCCAGGCGCAAAGAGCAGGGAGCACAGCCCCUUCCGAAGAGUUUCACUGGCCCUUUGCUGGUUGGGCUGAGUUUUUUGUUGUUGUUUUUUAAGUGCAGUAAUUUUUGUAUGUGUGUGAUUUUAUCAGAAAGUUGAAUUGUUUCCUGCUCACACAACUGAUCAAGCCCAUAGCCCAGGAAGGAAUAGGCAUUGUUAGUCUAAAAUUAUACCUCAUUGUUUAAAAAAAAAAGGCAUGGCCACAUAUGAAGAAAUGGUGAUUCUACUUCCAGAAAACUGAACCAGCAAUACCUGUACUCCAGCAUGAAGCUACUGGGUCAGGAGCGGGGAGGGUGGACGGGGGAAGAGAGAGGGGUUCUACCCAGAGAUCAGCCACCCAUCUUUUCCAAAUAUGAAAAGCUGUCAUUCAGCUUCAAAGUAGAGUAGAAAAAAAUAUUUAAGUCUUAAUUGUUGUAGUUCUUGAUGGUUUUCUUCCGUAUUAACAGUUAAGUGUCUCUUCCCGGGCCCUCUUGGACUAAUGUCACGGUCCAGGUUCUUUUUCAACAAACCAGGUCUGACUGGAAGAGUUGGAAGUCUCACUCUUGAGGCUCCGUGGCUGUCUGAGCAGUCUUGGUGCCUAGGCUUUGAAAUCUUUUCUGUUGACCUGCAUACAUGGGAAGCAAUUUCUGUAAGAACUAUUUAGGAUGUGAAAACGCACUUUCUCUCCCCAAAACAGCUGGGGAUUUAUGAAGUUAUGGCAAUGAACUGCAGCAUGCUAGGACAAUUAUUUGGCUACCUUUUCUUUUUGUAUAUUGUCAAGUGUCACUAUGAAUUUCGACAGAGAUUUCUUUUUCUUUCUCUUUUUGGUUGUCAGGUUCAUUUUAACCAGUGUAACUAGUAACAUUUUAUCCCAUUCUUUAGAUUUUGUAUAAUUACAGUACAUGAUAGUGUAUUGUGACAUGAAUGCUGUCCAAGUGGACAUCGAUGGCA